AUGUAGCAAAUACUUCCUUCAAUCAAAAUUAUUAGAAACCUACAAGAAAAGAUAGAUUUUAUUUCCUACCUCUCUGAAAACUUCGAAAAAUUGAGAAUUGAACCCAAAUUGGUGUUAGAGUAUAAAACAAAAGAAGAGUUAGCGCUUUAACCAGUCCCCAAAUUAUAAAUCUCUUUCUCAAUUUUCAUUCCAGUAAUAUGA